CACACCCUGCUGGCCCUGGAGAAUCACCCUUCAGCGCCCACCACCCCUACAUGAACCCCCACAUGGAGCACUACCUCCGGUCUGUGCACAGCAGCCCCACACUCUCAAUGAUCUCUGCCGCCAGGGGCCUCAGCCCUGCUGAUGUGGCCCAUGAACAUCUGAAAGAGAGGGGACUAUUUAGCCUCGCUGCCCCAGGCACCAACCCUUCAGACUAUUACCACCAGAUGACCCUCAUGGCAAGCCACCCCACACCCUACGGGGACCUUCUAAUGCAAAGUGGUGGUGCUGCUAGCGCACCCCAUCUCCAUGACUACCUCAACCCUGUGGAUGCAUCACGGUUCUCCAGCCCACGUGUGACCCCACGACUGAGCCGCAAGCGGGCUCUAUCCAUCUCCCCGCUCUCAGACGCCAGCCUUGACCUACAGCGCAUGAUCCGGACCUCUCCCAACUCGCUGGUAGCCUACAUCAACAACUCCAGGAGCAGCUCAGCAGCCAGCGGUUCUUACGGGCAUCUGUCAGCUGGUGCCCUCAGCCCAGCCUUCACCUUCCCCCACCCCAUCAAUCCCAUGGCGUACCAGCAGAUCCUGAGCCAGCAGCGGAGCCUGGGUUCAGCCUUUGGACAUACACCACCCCUGAUCCAGCCUUCACCCACUUUCUUGGCCCAGCAGCCCAUGACUCUCACCUCCAUCACCGUGCCUACCCAGCUAGGCAGCAAUAGCAGCAACUGUAUAAGUGAUGCCAACCAGAAUAAGCAGAACAGCGAGUCGGCUGUGAGCAGCACCGUGAACCCCAUCACCAUCCAUAAGCGGAGCAAGGUCAAGACUGAGGCUGAGGGCCUACGGCCAGCCUCCCCGCUUGGACUGACACAGGAGCAACUGGCUGAUCUCAAGGAAGAUCUGGACAGGGAUGACUGCAAGCAGGAGGCCGAAGUGGUCAUCUACGAGACCAACUGCCACUGGGCAGACUGCACGAAGGAAUAUGACACCCAGGAGCAGCUGGUGCAUCACAUCAACAAUGAGCACAUCCACGGGGAGAAGAAGGAGUUCGUGUGCCGCUGGCAGGCCUGCACGAGAGAGCAGAAGCCCUUCAAGGCCCAGUACAUGCUGGUUGUCCACAUGCGCAGGCACACGGGUGAGAAGCCGCACAAGUGCACGUUUGAAGGCUGCUCAAAGGCCUACUCUCGCCUGGAGAACCUGAAGACACACUUGCGGUCCCACACAGGGGAGAAGCCCUAUGUGUGUGAACACGAAGGCUGCAACAAGGCCUUCUCCAAUGCCUCGGACCGUGCCAAGCACCAGAACCGCACUCACUCCAAUGAGAAACCCUACAUCUGUAAGAUCCCAGGCUGCACUAAGAGGUACACAGACCCCAGCUCACUCCGCAAGCAUGUGAAGACCGUCCACGGGCCAGAUGCCCAUGUGACCAAGAAACAGCGUAAUGAUGUGCACCUCCGUGCUCCACUGCUCAAGGAGAAUGGGGACAAUGAGGCCGGCGCCGAGCCAGGUGGCCGGGGACCUGAGGAGAGUGUGGAGGCCAGUAGCACCAGUCACACUGCGGAGGACUGCCUGCAUAUCAAAGCCAUCAAGACAGAGAGCUCCGGGCUGUGCCAGUCCAGCCCCGGGGCCCAGUCAUCCUGCAGCAGCGAGCCCUCUCCCCUGGGCAGUGUCCCCAACAAUGACAGUGGCGUGGAGAUGCCGGGGACAGGGCCCGGGAGUCUGGGAGACCUGACUGCACUGGACGACACGUCUCCAGGAGCUGACACAUCAGCCCUGGCUGUACCUUCCACUGGUGGCCUGCAGCUGCGCAAACACAUGACCACCAUGCAUCGCUUUGAGCAGCUGAAGAGAGAGAAGCUCAAGUCUCUAAAGGAUUCCUGCUCGUGGGCUGGCCCAGCCCCACACACCCGCAACACCAAGCUGCCUCCCCUUCCAGUGAAUGGUUCUGUUCUGGAAAACUUCAACAAUACUGGGGGCUGUGGACCAGCGGGACUGCUGCCCAACCAGCGGCUACCAGAACUGACAGAAGUGACCAUGCUGAGCCAGCUGCAGGAACGGAGAGACAGCUCCACCAGCACUAUGAGCUCAGCCUACACCGUGAGCCGCCGCUCCUCCGGCAUCUCCCCAUACUUCUCCAGCCGCCGUUCCAGCGAGGCCUCGCCUCUUGGUGGCGUACGCCCGCACAAUGCCAGCUCAGCGGACUCCUACGACCCCAUCUCCACAGAUGCCUCUCGGCGCUCCAGUGAGGCCAGUCAGUGCAGCGGCGGUGGCCCCGGGCUGCUCAACCUGACACCCGCACAGCAGUAUAGCCUGCGUGCCAAGUACGCAGCGGCCACAGGCGGGCCACCGCCCACGCCACUGCCGGGCCUCGACCGUGUCAGCCUUCGUACCCGCCUGGCAUUACUGGAUGCUCCUGAGCGCGCACUGCCGGGCGCCUGCCCACAACCUCUGGGGCCACGGCGUGGCAGCGACGGGCCUACCUAUAACCACGGCCAUGGCUAUGUAGGUGCGGCUCCUGCCUUACCCCAUGAGGGGCCAAACGGCAGCACGCGGCGGGCCAGCGACCCUGUGCGGCGCCCUGACCCCCUUGUUCUGCCUCGAGUGCAACGUUUCCACAGCAUCCACAACAUGAAUCCAGGUCCGCUGCCCCCCUGCACUGAUCGGCGUGGCCUGCCUUUACAGAGCCACCCCAGCGUAGAUGGCAGCCUGACCCGCCAUGCCUACUCUCCGCGACCCCCUAGCAUCAAUGAGAACGUGGUGAUGGAAGCCAUGGCUGCUGGGGUAGACGGUGCAGGGCUAGAGUCUGACCUGGGGCUGGUGGAGGAUGACCUCGUGCUGCCAGAUGAUGUGGUGCAGUACAUCAAGGCUCACACCGGUGGUGCCUUGGAUGACAGCACGCGGCAGGUGUAUCCCACAGAAGGUACUGGCUUCCCCGAGAACUCUAAACUGCCCAGUCCCGGGCUACAAGGCCACCGCAGGCUAGCGGCUGCCGACUCCAACAUGAGCCCUUCUGCUCCUGGGCUGGGAGGCUGCCAGCUGAGCUACAGCCCCUCCUCCAGCCUCAACAAGAGCAACAUGCCUGUGCAGUGGAACGAGGUGAGUUCUGGCACCGUGGAUGCCCUGCCCACCCAGGUGAAGCCACCCUCUUUUCCUCAGAGCAACCUGGUUCAGCAGAAGCCAGCCUUUGCCCACUAUCCAGGCUAUAGCCCACAAGCCCUGCAGAGCGGCUCUGGAGGGCUAGACAGCACCCAACCACACCUACAGCUUCGAGGGGCCCCCUCUGCAUCAAGAGGGAGCUACACGCAACAGCCUCAACUGCCAGCUACAGGCAGUCAGUGCCUGGGUGUGACUGCAGCCAUGAGCCCUCAGGCCAACUACAGCCAAACCCACCAGCAGCUGAGUCCAAACAUUGUCAGUGGAUCUCUGAACCAGUUUGCCCCCUCCUGCAGCAAUAUGGCAGCCAAGCCCAGCCAUCUGGGACUCCCUCAGCAAAUGGAAGUUGUCCCCAAUGCCACCAUCAUAAGUGGCCAUCAACGGGAACUUGGGAUUGCAAAUUCAUCCAUGGCUGCAGUGUCCCAACCUCACCCGGUCCUGGGCUAUCCCCAGCAGGACGGCUACCAACAGGGCUCUGGCCUUCCGCCAUCCCAUCAGCCUAGCUUCAUGGAGGCCCAGCAGAACACGGGCUUUGGUCUCAUGCAGCCUCGGCCACCCCUGGAGCCCAACACAGCUAGCCGUCACCGAGGAGUACGUUCUGGGCAACAGCAGUUGUAUGCCAGGACCGCUGGCCAAGCCGUGGUCACAUCAGCCAACCAAGAGACAGCAGAAGCUAUGCCGAAGGGAACAGCAGGGACCAUGGUAUCCCUAACUCCUCAGCCAUCUCAGGACACAGGGCGGUCACAGGACCAGAACACGCUCUACUACUAUGGCCAGAUCCACAUGUAUGAACAGAACGGAGGCUGCCCAGCCAUGCAGCCCCAGCUGCCACAACCACAAGGUUGCUCAGACAAUAUCCAGCCUGAACCUCUGCCUUCACCAGGAGUCAACCAGGUGUCCAGCACCGUGGACUCCCAGCUCCUGGAGCCCCCCCAGAUUGACUUUGAUGCCAUCAUGGACGAUGGCGAUCACUCGAGUUUGUUCUCUGGUGCACUGAGCCCAAGCCUGCUCCACAAUCUCUCCCAGAAUUCCUCACGCCUCACCACACCCCGGAAUUCCCUGACACUGCCCUCCAUCCCCGCGGGCAUCAGCAACAUGGCUGUUGGGGACAUGAGUUCCAUGCUCACCAGCUUGGCCGAAGAGAACAAGUUUUUAAAUAUGAUGACCUAGAGACUCCUGGCUCCUGGCACAGCAGACCUGAGCAAUGUCAGCUUCUUGGAGUACGAGGGUCUAAUCUAGUCUCCUUGUCCAAAUGUGUUAAUUAGGCCUGAGAGGGUUGGGAAGUGGCUGGUUCAAACUUGCACAUAUUUUAAGAAAAGGUUUAGGGGCAUCCUCUCCGCUGUUUGGCCUAUUUUUCGGGACACUCAAAAAGUCAUAUUUGGAAAGAAACUCGUUUACAUGAAGCUUGCCAGUCUUUGGUGUCUAUGAGAUUACUAGGUUCUGGCUUUUUCACCUCUAUUUUUCAGCUAAUGAGAGAGUACUUUGGCCAAGGGCUUUCUAAGUACAUGCCCAAAGAGGGGAGGGGAGCCACUUUGGGUUUGAAUCUGAGACCAUGCUGGAUACUCUCUCUUCUGAGAAGAUCGGUUUGCCAUUCUACCACCUGCGAGGGAAAGGGAUCACUGCU